AUGAAUAACAACGUCAAGUCACCGGCUGUCGAUGAAAGUGCUUAUGUAGCCAAAGAUGUCGAGAGGGGUCAAAUUAAAGCUUCGUCUGGAGAACUGUCUCGAGUAUUGCAGAGCCGGCAUAUGCAAAUGAUAGCUAUGUGUGGCGCAGUCGGAUCUGGGCUAUUCGUGGGUUCAGGCAGUGCGCUCUAUACCGGAGGGCCGGGAAGCUUGUUGCUUGGCUUUGGGCUCGUGGGCGUCCUCUUACUUUUCACAAUGCAAGCGCUUGGGGAAAUGGCCGUUAUUUUUCCCGUCGAAGGAGGCUACUUUCAGUAUAUAGUGAGAUUUUUGGAUCCUGCUUGGGGGUUUGCUCUUGGUUGGGAUUACGCCCUUGGAUAUCUCAUCACCCUUCCGGUCGAAAUUACUGCCGUCGGCAUCACGCUCCAGUAUUGGCCUGGAGCAGCAAAUGUGAACAUCGGCGUUUGGAUUGCAGUUUUUUAUGUUGUCCUGGCUGUCAUCCAGACCUUUGGCGUCAGAGGAUACGCGGAAGUUGAGUUCACCCUAGCAAUUGUCAAAAUCUGCGCAAUUGUAGGAUUCAUCAUCCUAGGAAUCAUCAUCGACUGUGGAGGAGUGCCGACUCAGCACACUGGCUACAUUGGUGCAAAGUACUGGCACAACCCCGGCGCCUUCCGCAAUGGUUUUAAAGGCUUCUGUUCCGUUUUUGUUGCAGCAGCUUUUUCCUUCGCCGGCACGGAAUUGGUUGGACUCGCUGCUGCAGAGUGCGCUAACCCGGCAAAGGCGGUGCCCAAGGCAUGUAAACAGGUGUUCUGGCGAAUUGUGGUCAUAUAUUUGGUGUCGCUGUUCAUUGUCGGGCUGAUUGUUCCGUCUAACUCAACAUACUUGCUCGCCGCUCAUGGCAACGCCACCAAAUACUCACCGUUCGUCGGUGCUAUCAAGUCAGCUGGGAUCCGGGCUCUUCCAUCGAUUUUCAACGCGGUCAUAACGCUGUCCGUACUGUCUGUUGCGAAUUCGGUGACUUACGGCUCAAGCAGAUUACUACAUGCUCUAGCCAUGCAAGGCAUGGCUCCCAAAAUUCUGAGCCGAGUUGACUCGAAAGGUCGCCCUAUAUGGAGUAUUUUCCUUUGCUUCGCCUUCGGCCUUCUUGCCUUUAUUAACGAGGCUGUGGAAGGGUCAACAAUCUUUGCUUGGAUGCUGGCUCUAGCCGGGCUCUCUAAUUUCUUCACCUGGGGAAGCAUUUGUGCAGCACAUCUUCGCUUUCGACGCGCUUGGGGCGUCCAAGGGCGCGCUACCAAACAACUCCCGUAUCGGGCGACUAUCAUUGGGAGUUGGAUCGGCCUUGUUCUUAGCAUUCUUUGCAUUCUUGCCACUUUCUAUGUGGCUCUCUUUCCGCUCGAAGGAAAACCGAAUGCCGAAGUAUUUUUCCAAUGGUUCCUGGCCGCACCAUUUAUUUUGGUACUUUACGUUGGCUGGGUACUUUUUACUCGGCGCUGGAGGAUUGGAGUCAGCAGCAAGGAGAUGGAUAUUCAAUCGGGUUUGAGAGAGGAUGUCUUAUUGUUGAAUUCGGAUGACCAAGAGUAUCAUGGCAUGAAAGCAAUUCUGAACUCCAUGCUCCAUGCGCUGAUCUGA